GAACGCAGCCCACAGAAUUGUAGCUUUCCAUCAUACACUGUACAAGAUUAUUUAUAUAUGUGCUUUGCUAAAUAAAAAAAAACAGUUAUUUAAAAAUAAUUGUAUUGAAUCUAAGUUUAUUAUAUUGAAACGAUUGUUUUUGUGCAUCGACAACAAUGAAUAUUCUACCGAAGAAAAGAUGGCAUGUCCGAACAAAAGAGAAUAUUGCUCGUGUACGUCGAGAUGAAGCAAAAGCUGCUGAAGAGGAAAGAAUUAAACAAGAACGAAUUCAAAAAGCUGAAACUGAAGCGAGAAUAAAUUUAUUAAGACAUCAAGCAAGAUCUACAUAUGAUGGUCGUUCAAAAGUUGACAAUUCCAACACAAAAUUAGAACAUGUCAACUUUUUUGCCGAGCUUGAAGAUGGAAAGAUCGAUUACAACAAACCUAAUGCAGAACAUGAAAAGGAAAAAAAGGAAGAGAAGGAAAAAUAUGAAAAACAAAUUGGAUAUCUGACAUAUCUGGGACAAGAUACUAAUGAAGCAACUGGAAAGAAAAAUUGGUAUGAAGAAUUACCAAGGAGAUUAUUAGAUACAGAGAAGAAUGUGGAAGUAGAAACAAUGAAAAAAGCUUUAAAUGAUCCAAUAGUCGAUAUAAAAAAAUAUUUGAAUAUUAUGCACUCUGCAUCUGUUGAGGAACCAAAAAUAAAGACAGAGAGUACUAAGAGAAAAUAUUGUAAUUCCGAUAGUUCUCAUUCUGAUCAAGAAACCCAUAAACACAAAAAACAUAAGAAGGACAAAAAGUACAAAAAACAUGAGGAAAAAAAUUAUAAGCAAUUAAUUAAGAAAGAAACUAAGAGUCAAAGUAAUAUAAAUAUAGAAAAAUUAAGAGCAGAGAGGAUGCUUAGAGAACAAAGUGAAAAGUUAAGAACUGAAGCACUCUUGGCCAAAGUGAGAGGGGAGCCAAUACCUAUUGUAGCACCAGAAACUCCUAAACCUAGCAUAAAACAAAAAUACAAUUCACAAUUUUUUCCUGAGAUUGCUAGACAAAAUGCAGAAAGAACACCUAAAUAUACAGAAUCUAAAUGAAGUAAAUAAAUUACUUAAAGUAAUAAAUUACUUUCACAUUUUUC